CGAUUACGUUUGGAGGGCGGUGCCAGGUUUAAGGGUCGCGCUCUGGGGCCGCGAUCCAAAGGACCAUGUUUCGCGGGGCGGUGUGGCUCUUGGCAGGUCGAGGCUCUCUGGGCCGGGGGCUAAGCACACGCAGUGGAGGCUGGACUCCGGACUGGACCGAAAAGGUGUCUGAAAUUAAGAAGAAGAUCCAGUCAGCUCUUCCUGGAGGGGCCUGGCAUCCACUGUAUGACACCAGCCACCUGCCCCCUGAACACUCGGACGUCGUGAUUGUGGGGGGUGGGGUGCUUGGCCUGUCCGUGGCCUAUUGGCUGAAGAGGUUGGAGAAGCCACGGGGUGCCAUUAAGGUGCUGGUGGUGGAUCGGGACCACACGUAUUCCCAGGCCUCUACCGGGCUCUCCGUGGGCGGGAUCCGCCAGCAGUUCUCGCUGCCUGAGAACAUCCAGCUCUCCCUCUUCUCAGUGGACUUCCUACGGAACAUCAAUGAGUACCUGGCGGUCGUCAAUGACCCUCCCCUGGACGUCCAGUUCAACCCCUCAGGCUACCUUUUCCUGGCCUCGGAAAAGGGUGCUGCAAUCAUGGAGAACAACGUGAAAGUGCAGAGGCAGGAAGGAGCCAAAGUGUGUCUGAUGUCUCCGGAGCAGCUGCGGAACAAGUUUCCCUGGAUCAACACAGACGGCGUGGCCUUGGCGUCUUACGGGUUGGAGGGUGAAGGCUGGUUUGACCCCUGGUGUCUGCUCCAGGGGCUCCGGCGAAAGGUCCAGUCCCUCGGGGUCCUUUUCUCCCAGGGAGAGGUGACACGUUUCAUCACUUCAUCUAGCCACAUGCAGACCACGAGUGGGAAAGGGGUGACUAUGAAAAGGAUCCAUGAAGUCCAUGUGAAGAUGGACCACAGCCUGGAGUACCAGCCUGUGGAAUGUGCCAUCGUGAUCAAUGCCGCAGGGGCCUGGUCCGGGCAAGUAGCAGAGCUGGCUGGGAUUGGGAAGGGGCCACCAGACACCCUCGAGGGCACCAAGCUACCUGUGGAGCCGAGGAAAAGGUACGUGUACUUAUGGCAUUGCCCCGAGGGCCCAGGCCUGGAGACCCCGUUUGUGGCAGACACCAGUGGAGCCUACUUCCGCCGGGAGGGAUUAGGCCACAACUACUUGGGUGGCUGCAGCCCCACCGAGGAGGAGGAACCGGACCCGGGGAACCUGGAAGUGGACCAUGAUUUCUUCCAGGACAAGGUGUGGCCCCCUUUGGCCCACAGGGUACCAGCUUUCCAGUGUCUGAAGGUUCGGAGCGCUUGGGCCGGCUACUACGACUACAACACCUUUGACCAGAACGGCGUGGUGGGCCCCCACCCCCUGGUCUCCAACAUGUACUUUGCCACGGGCUUCAGCGGCCACGGGCUCCAGCAGGCCCCCGCCGUGGGCCGAGCCGUGGCCGAGAUGGUGCUGGAGGGCCAGUUCCGGACUAUCGACCUGAGCUCCUUCCUCUUCAGCCGCUUUUACCUGGGGGAGAAGGUGGAAGAGCGCAACAUCAUCUGAGCCUGUAAGCUCUCCGCGGACCCCACGUCGCCAUCUGUCGCCCCUGGUCACAUCCUGGCCCGUGUUCACGUCCUCCUCCCCAGCAUCAUGCCCAGAGCUCCUCCGUCCUCUCCUCAUCCAGGUGGUUCUGGACCCGUGUGGCUGGGCAGGUGGGCAGGCUGCAGGCUCUGAGGCUCUGCGCCUGAGGCCCAGGCUGGCAGAAUGAGGGAGCAGGGCCCUGGGGCUGACCCCUGCCCAGGCUGCUGCUGCCCACUAAGGCGGUCCCAGCUGGACAGGACGCCUCCGUGGUCCUGAGCCCCAGGCCCAGGCCUGGCACCGACCAGAAUGAUCACCGCUGCUCCUCUUCACAGAGCCCAGGCAGGGAGCAUUCCGGAGCAGCCGGCCUCAAUUUAUUAUCAAUCAAUAAAUGUGAUGGACUCC